AUGGCAGCACCCGCAAAGCGCGCCAAGGGCGAUAACAUCGGCAUUGAGCCGAGUGAGACCAAGCUCAACUUUGACCUGGUCGAAGAUGCCGUCAAGCACAUCCAGACCAAGGCCAAGACCCAACCCCUAAUUGGCAUCAUUUGCGGCUCGGGCCUCGGAGGCCUGGCGGCUGAGGUCCAGGACGCCGUCACCAUUGGCUACGAGGAGAUUCCCAACUUCCCCGUCAGCACUGUGGCUGGUCAUGAGGGCAAACUGGUUUUUGGCACGCUGGGAGGCGCUCCCGUUGUUGUCAUGAAGGGCCGCCUUCAUUGCUAUGAAGGUUACGCCUUCUCGCGCAUUGCCGUGCCCAUCCGCACUCUCUGUGCUCUUGGCAUCAAGUACUUGUUUGUGACCAAUGCUGCCGGUGGUCUCAAUGAGUCCUUUGAGGUCGGAGACUUGAUGAUGCUCGAGGACCACCUCAACUUUCCCGGCUUUGCGGUGCAAAACCCACUCGUGGGUCCCCACGACGACCGCUACGGCGCCCGCUUUGUACCCAUGUCCAAGCCCUACGACCGCAAGCUGCGCGAUAUUUUCAAGCAAACCAUUGAUGGUAUGUCGAUGGCUGGUCUCCAUUCCCCCUUCCGCACGGGCGUCUACGCCAUGGUGGGUGGCCCAACCUACGAGUCACCGGCCGAAGCGCGCUUCAUCAAGUCUGCCGGUGCCGAUGCCGUGGGUAUGAGCACGGUCCCGGAAGUCAUCGUGGCUAUCCAGCAGGGCGUCAAGUGCUUGGCUAUGAGUCUGAUCACCAACAAGGUGGUUUUAAAGAUUGACGACGACAACGAGCCCAACCAUGCUGAAGUGCUGGAGGCCUCGCAAGCCCGGCAACCGGAUGUGCAGCGCCUCUUUGUGGCGCUCAGCAAGAACGUCAAGGAAGCUCACGAGGCUGGCAAGCUCUGA